AAAUCGGGUUUGAGAUAGCCUUUUAUAGGAAAGGCCCCAAAGACAGUGUUAAAAUGAUAAUUUUCCAAGUGCUGGUGAUGAUAAUGCUUAUCCCGCCAAUGAUCUGUAGUGUUACCUAUAAAUCCUGCGCUCCAGAAAAACACUGUGUGCCCUAUGAGUUCUGCAAUGAGAGUUACGGAUUAGAUGGACAGUUUUACCCUGAGCUCAAUCGGACAUUUCGGGAUCAUUUACAUUGUAACUAUCGGGAGAAGUGCUGCCAUUUAAAAGAUACGCUCUCCAUUUGCAGGUCCCACAAUGGCACCUUAAUGCAGCAGGGAAAGUGUGGAUCUCGUGUGGAUUUGUGGUUUCAUUUGCAUCAGUAUACAUCCACAAAGGAGGAGGCCAAGUUUGGCGAAUUUCCCUGGCUGGUGGCCAUCUAUGAUAAAGGUGGUUAUCUAUGCAGUGGUGCUCUUAUCACACCAGGAGCGGUGCUAACGGCGGCUAACUGUGUCCACGGCAAGAGAAAAUACGAGUUGCGUGUUGUAGCCGGCGAAUGGGAUGCAGCUGUGGAGUUGGAACCAUUUGCACAUCAGACACGACCAGUGCAUAAAUUGUUGGUGCAUCCAAAUUACACACAAUCGAUGAGUCAUAAUCUGGCAUUGCUUCUAAUUAGCCACGAGAAACCCUUUCAACUUACUGCCCAUGUGCAUGUGAUUUGUCUGCCGUCUCCCGAAAUUAUUCACAACCUCAGAGAUUGCUAUGUUGCCGGCUGGCAUCUUGGGGACUUCCUCAAGAACAGAACGCUACUACGGCGUUCCUCCCUCUUCGUGCUGCCGCGGGAUCAGUGCGUUUCCAAGUUGCGAAUGACCAUAUUUGGACGGCACUUUACCCUAAAUGACACCCUACUCUGUGCUGGCGGCGAAAAGGACAGUUUUGUGUGCGACGAUCCGGGUGCCAUUCCUCUCAUGUGCCUCCAGUCCAACAGCAAUAAUAGGUUCGCCCUUAUUGGACUUCUGGCGCGUGCCACAAAUUGCGAUGGUCCUCAGCUGCUGGGAGUUUACUCAAAUGUGCUGCUCUACAGAAAGUGGAUAGAUCUUAAGCUUAAUGAGCAUGAUGUGGAAUUAGACAGAUAUAUGAUAAACUAAACACAUCAAACUUUUCAUAUUUGUUUUU